AUGGAAGUCAUCGUUUCCUCCGCGACCUUCCAAGGCGACAGGGCCAAAGCAGAUAUCACCCUCAGCAACCAGCUCACGUCUCCACUCCUCCGCCUACCCGCUGAGAUUCGCAACGCUAUCUAUACCUAUCUAGGAUAUGAGACGCAGACCCAGGUCACCGCCACUAUCGGACAAUCAGACAACCUUGCCAAUAAUUCUGAUCGUUUUGUUAUGCACUUCCAGCUCCCAGGCCUACUAGAAAGCUGCAAACAAAUUCGCUACGAAGCAAGCCCGGUGCUGUGUGCGCAGCUCGCUGUCGAGAUACUCGCCGACGACGACGCUUGGUAUUGGCUACACUCGAAUUGCAAACACAAACUCUGCGACCAAGUCACCUCGCUAAGAAUCUUGGAACUGCAUGCCGAUAGCAUAGAGUUGGAAGUUUACUUCCGCCAGCGCCAUCGCAGGCUUGACAACAUCAAAGCACGUACUAUGAAACUGCCAAGCUUGAAGAGGGUUCAUGUCAUGUGUCACAUGUCAAAGAAGGCUGGAGGGUUCAACGAUUGGACAGCGAAGAGGCUUAGGAAUUGGUUCGAUAACGAGGCAUUGCAGAUUGUCUUUGAGAUUCAUGAGCGUCCUUAUCUCGGCUCUUUCUCGCUUGUGGACACACUCGCCAAUCAACAAGAAUCCCCCCUUCUUCGUCUCCCUGCCGAACUGCGGAACAUAGUCUACACCUACGUAGGUCUCGCGACUAUCAUCCGACCCUACAGCUUAGAAACUCCAAACACCGCCAACACCGCCCCCAUCAAGUACAACCUCCGAUUCCCAGGCCUCCUCUCAGCCUCUCAGCAAAUCCGAAAAGAAGCCACCCCCCUCAUAUAUGCGCAUGCUCUCUUCGACUUCGACGUGUUUGAUUUGUGCUCGUGGCCACCAAUUAGCACCUGCAACCACGAGAUCAGCGAAUUCGUCACCUCGAUUAGGAUUUCGAGGUGUCUUGCGAUCGAGAUUACACUCGAGAUCAGAAAUGCUAGAGACCUCGGAGAGCUCAAGUUUUCGAACUAUCGGCUUCCGAAUCUGAAGAAGGUGUAUGUUGGGCCUUGCGAAACGAGGCGGCCGUGGGAAGAUAGUGUUAGGAUGGCGCUGAAGGUUUGGUGUGGGAAGGGGGAUCUGGAGGUUAGUUUUGGGGUGGGGGGUUUGUGA